GAGAACUUUUAAAAAGGAGAAGCUUCGUAAACAAGCCGAUUUUCUGAAAACCUAGAGAGAGAUUACAGAAAUCCCUCGGCAAAGCUGGCGAACGUAAACUAGAAUCGUCGCCGAUGCACACUAAAACCGCCGCUCUUUCCUGUUGGUGCGAGUAUCGGUGAAGCUCGCUCGAUAGAGAGGGAGGGACAGAGACAGAGCUUGUCGAGUUCCGCCUUUUGGUGAUGGAGGGAGAGAGCGUACUGGACGCCAUCUACGAAGAUGAUAACUUCGACAACGAUGACGUCGAGAUGGUCGACGUGGAGGAGGGCGAGCUUGUGGAUCAUCAGAACACGGAGAACGAUCCGGCGCAACCUGUCGUGGGUGGGGAUGGCGAGGUUUCGAGGCAAGAUGAGCAGAGUAAAAAUCGCAGGCGUAGGGCAAACAAGAAGAAGAACAGGAAGAGGAAAAGGGUUGCUCCUGGGGCUGGCUCUAACUUCACCGACAUCAACAGGUUCGUGCUCGAUACCUGUAGGAGACUGAAAGAGAAGAAAUCAUACAUGGUGUAUACUGCUGUCGGUUGUCUGGGAGUGUCUGCAUUGAGCGAUCUCAUCAAAGAGGUAGAUGCUAUUCAGGCUUGUGGGGGUCAGAUGACUGCUGAUGGUAAACGGCAGCGAACAGGUGGGGGUGUAUUGUGGAGUAUCAUUAAAGCACGAGAACCAAAUGCUUACAGAGAGAUAAUGAAAAGAGCAAGAGAAUUUGAGAAGCAAUUCAAGCCACACAACAUUCAACAAGGGCAACAGAAAGAGGCAAAUUCUGAUGGUUCUAUAAAAGCAUCUCCUGACGGGAGUUCUGCGACCACUCCAGAUGGUUUCUCAACGAUGCCUGAGUUACAAAAUGUCGAUCAGCAAUCGGCUGGUGAGGAGAAACGACAAUCCGUGAAGGAAAGAAUGAGAGUACCUGUUUCUUACGAAGACAUUCUAUGACCCAGAAGAUGGAAGUGGAUACUGUUCGUGAAAAAAAGAAAGAAAAAAAAAGAGAACGUUAUUUUCCCAUGGUUGUCUCAAUUUGUGCAUAGCAACAUUCUAACAAGUUUUGCAAACAUUCUUGAGGCGAAAAUAUAGCACAUAGUGUUGGAGAGGCUCAGAUUAUUCUUGUUCUCUGAAGGGGAGCACAGCAUCCCGGCUUCAGUGGGUGGUUCUGCAGUAAUUUUAGCACAAGUCUGUGGUGACCCUUUUUUGGUCGUAAAUGGUCAUGUUGAUCCGUAUGUGAAGUCCUAUUAUAGGCCAUCUUUUUGGUUUGUGAAAGGAAAGAGAGGACAUCAAGCAAGUAUUGUUUCUUGUUCCCGAUUUGCCUCAUCAGCAAACCUCUGAAGCUUAACUACUCUGCAAUGCGUCUCCUCUCCUUAUGAUUUUGC